AUGUCAUCCGUUAAACGUGGCCAGGAAUCCUUGCAGUCCGAUGAAGAUCAAAGUGAUAAUGGAUCAGAAAGCGCAGGAUCGGUCGACCCUCACCAACCGAGAAAACGACCCCGCACAUCGAACUCACCAUCAGAGCAAGAUGAUGAGCCCAGUGAUCGAGAUUUGAGCGCCCACCCCUCACUUCUAGCUGAGGAUGAAAUGUUGGAUGAUGAUGAACUGGAACAUCGUCAGACCCAAAGAAUCCAAGAGAAAUAUGCCCAUGCUCUCAAUGAAAUAAACAUACCGUCAGAUCACGGAAUCCUCGAACGUGUGGAUUGUUUCAAUUUCAUGUGCCAUGAACACUUUUCGGUAGAAUUGGGACCCCUUAUCAAUUUUGUCACUGGCAAGAAUGGAAGCGGCAAAAGUGCGAUUCUCACAGCAUUAACACUCUGCUUGGGUGGUAAAGCGUCUGCAACCAACCGUGGACAAAGUCUAAAGAACUUCAUCAAAGAGGGCAAAGAUAAUUCCAAUAUCAUCGUGCGAAUCAAGAACCAAGGAGAUGGUGCAUAUCGGCCAGAGGUUUUUGGGGAAUCAAUCAUUGUUGAGCGUCAUUUCCACAGAAAUGGAUCCAGUGGAUUCAAAAUCAAAGCUGGAAAUGGUCACAUCAUUUCAACUAAAAAGGCCGAGUUGGAUUCGAUUACUGAUUACUUUUCUCUUCAAAUUGACAAUCCCAUGAAUGUGUUAUCCCAAGACGCCGCUCGCCAGUUCCUGAGUACAUCUAGCCCAUCAGAGAAAUACAAAUUUUUCGUCAAAGGUGUGCAACUGGAGCAACUCGACCAGGAUUAUCGGUUGAUCGAGGAAUCUGUCGAUCAGAUGGAAGAGAAAAUGCGAAGUACAAAGCAGGAUAUCUCAAUCUUAGAAAACCGAAAGAUUGCUGCAAAGAAAAAGUUGGAAAUUUCCGAUCAGCACGAUUCUCUGCGAGAGCGCAUCAGAAAUUUAAGCUAUCAAAUGGCCUGGGCUCAGGUUGAGGAACAAGAACAACUUCUGGAGUCUCUAGUCAGAGAACUCGCAAAAGCAGAUGAGCAGAUCGCCAGGGCAGACGGCGCGCUCGGGGAUUUUGAUCCCAGAUUUGAAGCCAUCGAUAACGAGAUUGAAACGGCCGCGGAACAUGCCCUGGAGGCUGCGAGAGUACUCGAGGGAGCACGAGAAGAAAAGAUUACAAUCGACAAAAGAUUCGAGGAAGAAAGAUCAAAACGAACGGAAGCUCAGACCGAACUGCGCGAUAUUAAAGGACAUCUUCAAGCAGCGGAGAAUAGCGUCGCGAAAGCACAGCAGAACGUUGAGGCCGAAAUCCAACGCCUAGCUGAAGUGAGCAAUGGAGGUUAUGCCCGCAGGCAGGAGGAGCGCCAGCAGGCAGCGGAUCGUGCAACUGUCGCUCGCCAAGAAUAUGAUGCCCACUGUGGAGGUCAACGCGCCUUGCAGGAGGCAAGUCAGGAGGCUGAUAGGAAGGUGGAAGUGGCCAAGGAAGCCUAUGAAGCCAAAAAAAAAGAUUACAAGGAAGCAGAGGGACGUCUGGGCAAUCUCCGCAGAGAGAAUGGCCCUAGGCAAAAUGGAUUUCAUGAAAAAAUGCCGACUCUCAAACGAGCCAUACUGAAAGAAAAAUCAUGGGGCAUGACGCCCAUUGGCCCCGUCGGCGAUCACAUCACUUUACUUCAGGCCAAGUGGUCAUCCAUCCUUGAGACUUCCUUUGGUAAUACUCUUAGCAGUUUCAUCGUCACCUCGAAGCGUGAUCAGAAUACACUUUCGAACAUCAUGCGUCGAGAGGGUUGCGUGUGCCCAAUUCUGAUUGGAGGUGGCGGUGAUCUUGAUACAUCUACAACUGAACCUGACAGUAAAUACGACACGGCUUUGAGAGUACUGGAGAUUGACCACCCGACGGUCCGGCGACAGCUGAUUAUCAAUCAUGCUGUAGAACAAAUGCUACUCAUUGAAAACCUUGAAGAGGCUUCUGCGACUCUUUUCGACCGCGAAAGGCCAAGGAAUGUGAGACGAUGCUACUGUAUUGAUGAAAGGGAUAGACGUAGAGGGCAUCACCUCUCAUACAAUCGCUCCGGUGAUCCUAGUCAGGCUCCUGUUGCGAAAUAUUCCGGUAACCCACGGAUGAAAUCCGACGCGGCGCAGCAAAUCAGGGUCCAGGAAGAAGUUGUCCUGGAUCUCAAGCGUCAGCUAGAGGCUUUGGACAAAGAACUUCAGGCUGCUCUCGCCCAUGUCAAGAUCUGCACCCAGGCGCUUGCUCAACAUGCAAAAACAAAACAUGAUCUGAACUUGACUAUGCAGAGAAUGGAAGAUUAUUCCGAGGCUCGCCGGGAUGAGCUCGAUAAAGAAAAGGCCGGAGAAGAUGGGCGUAUAGAUGCCCUCCAGACUCUUCUACAGGAGGCAGAAGCAGAUAAGUCACUUCAAGAAGGGUCUUUAAAAGACGGCGAGGCAAACUAUGAGAGUAUUAUGCAACGACUCAGGGAUAUCAUGAAAGAGAAGGCGGCCCAGGGUCGGAAAAUUGAUGUUCUAGAUGAAAACGUCCGUGUUGCAGACAGUGAGCGGUCUGUCGUGAGAAACAAAAGAGAAGAGCUUUCCAGUGAGAAAGAUGCUGCCAUUGCAGAAAUUGCGAGGCAGAGAGCAGAGAGAGCCAAUUGUCAGAAGAAACAAGUGGAGGUUGAGGCGCGAGUACUGAACUAUACUCAGGAAGCCUCCAAUGUCUCCGUGAGGGUUCCGAUCGACGAAGGCGAAACCGCCGACAGCCUUGAUCUCAAGCUCGACAGGCUGCAGAGUGACAUGAGGCGAUACACCCAACAGCUGGGCGCGUCACGGGAUGAAAUUGCCGCAGAAGCUGGAAAGACAGAAGCGGUUUAUCAACAAGCUAAGAAGCAGAUUGACGAGCAUGAAGCUAUCGCCCAACAAUUGAAGAAGACCCUUCACGAUCGGAAAAAGAGAUGGGGGAUGUUCCGAUCCUUGAUUUGCUCUCGGGCAAAGGCACAAUUCACUUAUCUACUGAGUGAGAGAAGUUUCCGAGGCCGGCUAAAUGUCGACCAUGUCAACAAAGUGUUGGAUCUUGAAGUGGAACCAGAUAUUACUAAAGGUGAUAGUACGGGUCGCGGGGCCAAAACCCUCUCUGGGGGUGAGAAAUCUUUCUCGCAGGUCUGUCUGUUGCUCGCCCUCUGGGAAGCCAUGGGGUCCCCUAUCCGCUGUCUGGAUGAAUUUGACGUGUACAUGGACCACAUCAACCGUAAAAUGUCCAUCGAUAUGCUUUUGAUGGCUGCUCGACGUUCCAUUGGGCGACAGUUCAUCUUGAUUACACCUGGAAGCAAAAACGAUAUUACGAUCGCCGACGAUGUCCGAGUUAAAGAGCUUGCUGAACCAGAACGUGGACAGACCACCCUUCCCUUCCAAGGAAGGUGA